AUGAAGGACGAAGGAAAACAUUUCCUGCAGUUUGUUCCGUUAAAAGAACCAAGGAGCGAAACGUUUACGGUGUUGGCUGAAGAUAAGGAAAUCGCCGACUUUGAUCAGUCGAAAUUCGUCUUUACCGAUGUGACGUUUGAUGCCACCGAUCAGGAUCGAACGGUGGUUGUACGUGAGCCAGACGGCGUGUUGCGGACAGCACUGCCCGAAGAGCAUGACCGUAUGAAUCGCAUCUAUUACGAGCAACCGAAUCGACCUGUCUUCGAGCCACCCCUCUUCUCGUAUCCACAUCUUCAG